CUUGGCAGCUGUAGUGAAAUACGUGUUUUUAUUCGAUAAAUUAGCGAAAAUGGCAGUGUAAAACGACUGUGAAUGCAUAACUAAAUGUGCAACGUGUAAUCAUAAUGUCGAGCCGUCGUUCAAUCCUCGGUUCGACACUGGACGCUCUACCCGCGCCCACGGAUCCACUUCGCGAAUUGUUUGAAGCUUGCAAAACUGGUGAUGCUGCGCGAGUAAAAAAGUUAAUUACUCCUCAAACGGUGAAUGCCAGGGACACAGCUGGUAGAAAAUCUACUCCGCUACACUUCGCUGCAGGGUAUGGACGCCGAGAAGUGGUAGAGCUCCUGAUAGGCGCGGGAGCAGCGCUACAAGCCCGAGACGACGGCGGGCUCCAACCAUUACACAAUGCAUGCUCCUUCGGUCACGCUGAUGUUGUCCGGGCGCUGCUGAGUGCAGGUGCUGCGCCGGCAGCCAGAGAUAAUUGGGGGUAUACUCCGCUGCACGAGGCUGCUGCGAAGGGGAAGGUUGAUGUUUGUAUUGCACUUCUUCAACAUGGCGCGGACCCAAACAUCAGAAACACAGAAGGAAAGACCCCGUUAGAUCUAGCAGAUUCUGCCACCAGACCUGUUCUUACUGGUGAAUACUGCGCAGCGGAAGUUCUGGAAGCAGCACGUUCAGGUGCCGACGAGCGUCUAGCAGCUCUCCUGACACCACUUAACGUGAAUGUUCACGCUGGAGAUGGCCGCCGAUCCACACCUUUACACUUAGCUGCUGGGUAUAACCGAGCUCGGGCGGUGAGGUUGUUACUACAGAGAGGAGCGGACACACAUGCGAAAGACAAGGGUGGCUUGGUGCCUCUUCACAAUGCCUGCUCUUACGGGCACUACGAAGUGACAGAGCUAUUAGUUCGAGCUGGUGCUGACGUUAACGCUACAGAUCUCUGGGCUUUCACGCCGCUACAUGAGGCGGCUAGCAAGGCCCGGUUAGAGGUGUGCUCGCUCCUGCUAAGCGAAGGCGCAGACCCUACUUUACUGAACUGCCACGGCAAGUCCGCUUUAGAUGUAGCACCCACCAGGGAAUUGCAGGAGAGGCUAGCAUUUGAAUACAGAGGGCACUGCUUGCUAGAAGCAUGUCGUUUAGCGGAGCCAGCCAGAGUAAAAAAACAGCUAUCAUCACUCAACAAUCAACCUAUAAAUCCAGAGUCUUCCUCAUCAAGCCCAGCGCCGUCUACAUCCACUCCUUGCACAGUGGAAGCGUUGGCCAACUUCCAGCACCUCGCCUCCGGUGAUCGGCCUCUCCACGCCGCGGCCGGCAGCGUCUACCCCAAGAGAAAACAGGUGAUGGAGAUGUUAAUAAGAAAGGGCGCCAGAGUUAACGAGAAAAAUAAAGAAGGACAGACCCCUCUACACAUAGCUACAGAGCAUUCUCAUUUAGACGCUAUGGACCUUUUGCUACGGCACGGUGCGAAAGUGAACGCGAUGGACGGGCGAGGCAUGAGUGCGCUGUCUUUAGCAGCGCGUGCGGACGCGGCGGCGGCCUGCCGGUUACUGCUGGCUUGCGGAGCUCACGCUCAGAACCCAGACCCUGCACCCAUGGACGCCUGCGCAAACGCGGCGGCCCUACGUCUUCUAGAAGCAGCUAGAACGGGCGACGUGGAAGCGGCGCGAGCGGCGUUAGACGCGCGACCGAGACUCGUCAACUGCAGGGACGUAGACGGCCGGCAUUCCACACCGCUACACUUCGCAGCCGGGUACAACAGAUUACCACUUGCUCAACUAUUACUACAAAGAGGCGCCGAUGUCCACGCAAAAGACAAAGGCGGCCUAGUUCCCCUCCACAACGCGUGUUCGUACGGGCACUACGAAGUGACGGAGCUGCUGGUGUCGUGCGGCGCCGGCGUCAACGCGGCCGACCUGUGGCGGUUCACGCCCCUGCACGAGGCCGCGGCGAAGGGCAAGGCGGAUAUCGUGCGGCUACUGCUCAAGCACGGCGCGGACCCGAGCCGACGGAACCGAGACGGCCUGACGCCCCUGCAGCUCGUGCGCAGCGGGGACGCCGACACGGCCGACGCGCUGCGCGGCGACGCGGCGCUACUCGACGCGGCCAAGCGAGGCGAGCUGGCGAGAGCUAGGAAACUAAUAACGCCGCAGAACGUGAAUUGUAGAGACGCUCAUGGAAGGAAUUCCACACCGCUACACCUUGCCAGCUGGUACAACAAUCUAGAAGUCGCCGAGGCCCUCCUGGAGGCCGGAGCGGCGGUCUCAGCGCGCGACAAAGGAGGCCUAGUGCCGCUCCACAACGCCGCGUCAUACGGACACUUGGAGUUGGCGGCGUUGUUACUGAGGGCCGGUACGCCGCCUAACGCCGCCGACAGAUGGGGCUUCACGCCGCUGCAUGAGGCCGCGCAUAAGGCACGGACCCAGCUGUGUGCGUUAUUGCUCGCCCACGGCGCCGACCCGUACCUCAAAAACCAAGAAGGCCAAACGGCACUAGAUCUAGCCGGCGCCGAAGAUGUCCGCUCCCUCCUACAAGACGCGAUGACGUCAGCAACUCGCGCGCCGCCCGCCGCGCCCCCCGCCGCGCCGCUUCCGCCCCCGCAGUUACCCGUGCUGCUACCUAGCGGGGACACUGUGCCGCUACCGCUGCCUGUGGUGCCAAGCAACUACUGGGCGGAGGGCUCCCGGGGCAGUUUAGAAGACGCAGCAGGCCGGCCUGCGUCAGCUCUGUCCACGUCAGAAUCUUUACAAACGUUCCUCUCAAGUAUCGGUCUAGAGCAGCUGGCGCCAGUUUUAGAACGCGAGCAAAUCACAGUAGACAUACUAUCAGAGAUGUGUCACGAGGAUCUCAGGGCCGUGGGCGUGGCAGCGUACGGACACAGGCAUAGACUGCUCAAAGCCGCGAGGCAGUCUGCCCAGGCAGCGUCAGAAUGGUACGGCGGCACAACACUAGUCGACGUGACGCCAACGUCUAGCGACGAGUGCGGCGAGAGCGAGCAUGCGAUAGUCGAGAGAGAGAUGCAAGCUUCCGUACGGGAGCACAGAGACCAGGCGGGAGGGAACUACACGCACUAUAAUGUAGUCAGGAUACAAAAGAUAGUGAACGGGCGCCUAUGGGAGCGCUACCAGCACCGACGGCGCGAGGUGUCCGCUGAAGCAGGCGGCGCCAAUGAGCGCAUGCUGUUCCACGGCUCGCCCUUCAUUAACGCCAUCGUGCAGAAAGGCUUCGACGAGAGACACGCGUACAUCGGUGGCAUGUUCGGAGCGGGCAUAUACUUCGCGGAGCAUUCCUCUAAAAGCAACCAGUAUGUUUACGGUUUCGGAGGCGGCUCGGGGUGUCCCGCGCACAAGGACCGCAGCUGUUACUUGUGUCACAGACAACUCCUCCUCUGCCGCGUAACACUAGGCCGGGCCUUCCAGCUCUCUGCAGCCCUAAAAAUGGCGCACGCUCCACCGGGACACCAUGCUGUCUCGGGACGCCCUACACAAGGCGGGCUCUGCUACCCGGAACACGUAGUUUAUAGAGGGGAACAGGCAUACCCAGAAUACCUAAUAACGUAUCAAAUAGUCGGCGACGGCAGCACGGGCGCAGUAUGAAUACCAAGUAUUUCCGGUACCAAGUACCGAGUAAAUACCAAGUAUUUCUACCCGGUACCAAGUACCGAGUGCGACCUAGUAGUACCUAAAUGAAUAUUUUUGAAUAUUGAGUAGUCGAAACUACUUAGUGUAGAAAUGAAAUGUUUUAAAAAGGUACCAGUUUUUAGUUUGUCAAUAUAAAAUUAUAGUGCGUGCCAUUCAUGAAGACCCCUGGAUUCGUCAAAUCUAACCUUUAAUAAUAUGAUAUUACGAGUCAAAUCGCGCGACUUCGUGAAUGGCACGAUUUAUUAAAAUUGUUAUUGAAAACUGUGAGACCUUUUUGCCAAAAAAUCAUGAAUAUUUGUCUUUAUAUGUCCAAAUUCGGGACAAACGAUGUAGAAAAAUAGAAUACGCUAGCCUAGUGCGGGUUAGAUACUUACCCCUUAUUUAUAAACGUUCACUAAGUUAUCAAGGCGAUAAAGUUCGUUUGUCCCUUUCCGACUUAUUGGUGUGAUAGACAGGGACAAUAGUUAUUUGUUAUACAAGGGGGCAAAGUUGU